GUUCCCCUUAUCAGAAGGGGGGCUUUAUCUGACUCAAAUCUGAAGCCAGCAACCUUUGGGAAGACUAUAAAUACGUGCAAGGUUGUCUCCUCAGAUCAUGGCUGACUUUGAUGCAGUUCUGAUGUACUGGGGUCCAGUGGAGGCAGACUACAAGACCUUCGGGAGCCUGGUUUUGACCCGUUUAUUCACAGAGCACCCAGAGACCCAGAAGCUGUUCCCCAGGUUUGUCAGCAUCCCUCAGGGUGAGCUGGCCAGUAAUGCAGAUGUUUCUGACCAUGGUGCCACUGUGCUAAAGGAACUGGGUGAACUGGUGAAGGCCAAAGGCAGCCAUGCUGCCAUUCUCAAACCUCUGGCCAACAGCCAUGCCACCACACACAAGAUCUCAAUUAAUAACUUCAAGCUGAUCUCUGAGAUUGUUGUUCAAGUCAUGGCAGAAAAGGCUGGACUCAAUGCUGCUGGACAACAGGCCCUGAGGAAUGUGAUGGACAAGAUCGUUGCUGACCUUGAGGCUGACUAGAUCAGGGGUAUUCAAAUAAAAUUUAAUAAUAAC